GCCCAUCAUCUGGGCGCUGGAUGUGUGUUUGUCCUGCACGAGCGCGCAGGUGUCAGGAUCACCGUCUGAUGGACGGGGAGGGCGUGACGUCAUCAAGGGGGCACCAACGAGUUUUGCCAAAGAAAAGCUUGUAGAUCCACAGUGGAAAAGGGACACUGGGAGCUGAACAAAUGCAGUGUGUCUCAAACGAACGCUCUCUCGGCGGUUUCUCCCGGUGACACUAUCGCGGGGAAUGCAUGAGGAGCAUGACACAUAGCUGCGUGAGGAGCAUGGAGGGUACAGGACAGCCUGGAGCCGGAGACGCCUCAUACAGGCAAUGCCCAAUUGCUCCUCUCUAAGCUAUGGCCUGGCACAAUACAUCCCCAUUUCGAUAUGGCUUUGACCUGGGGGGACAUUACCAGGAUCUGCGUCCUCUUGGCACGGGAGCGUCCGGCCUCGUCCUCUCUGCGGUGGACAGGCGCAGCGGCCUACGUGUGGCGGUGAAGAAGCUGGUCAUGCGAGAUGCCGUCAGUGUAAAACACGCUCUGAGAGAGGUGAAGAUCACCCGCCGCCUGCAGCAUGAGAACAUCGUCAGGGUGUAUGACGUGUUGGGACCAUCCGGUCACCCUUUACCACGUGACCUGACGCAUGUGUCAGCAAUAUACAUUGUGCAAGAGUGUAUGGAAACUGACCUGGCACGGUUACUGGAGCAAGGGCCGUUGCCAGCAGAACACGCCACCCUGCUCUUUUAUCAGCUGCUUCGUGGGCUCAAGUUCAUCCACUCUGCCAACGUACUGCAUCGUGACCUUAAGCCAGCGAACAUCUUUAUCAACACAGAGCAAAUGCUACUGAAGAUCGGAGACUUUGGCCUGGCUCGCAUUGUCGACCCACAUUACUCGCACAAGGGAUAUCUGUCAGAGGGAAUGGUCACUAAAUGGUACCGUUCACCAAGACUCCUGCUGUCUCCAAAUAACUACACUAAAGCAAUUGACAUGUGGGCCGCAGGCUGCAUUCUGGCUGAGAUGCUCACAGGACGCAUGCUGUUUGCAGGUGCUCAUGAAUUGGAGCAGAUGCGGCUGAUUUUGGACACUGUGCCUGUUAUUAGAGAGGAGGACAGACAGGAAUUGCUGAAGGUCAUGCCCUGCUUUGUAGGUCAAGGUUGGAAGGUCAAAAGGUCACUCAGAAAACUAUUGCCAGAGGUGGAGGACAAAGCUAUUGAUUUCCUGGAGUGUAUCCUCACCUUUAAUCCCAUGGACCGGCUGACAGCAGAAGCGGCUUUGUGUCAUCCAUACCUUCAGAGAUACUCGUGUCCUCAGGACGAGCCUGUCUCGUUGCAGCCUUUUCGGAUAGAGGACGAGCUAGAGGACAGUCUGGUCACCGAGCACGCUCAUGCGCUCAGCUCCCACUGGGACAGGUAUGAUGGGAGUCUGUCAUCAGACGUUUAUUGGCAGCAGCAGGAGCAAUGCGGCUGCAUGCAGAGCGUCUCUGAACUAGGAGAAGCGGAAGACGACGAAGUUCAAAGAGAUCCACGAGCAAGUUCAACAGCCCACAUCGAGGAGGCUCAGGUAGACCCUCGCAAAUACUCCCACAGCAGCUCCGCAGAGCGCUUCCUGGAGCAGUCCCACUCGUCUCUGGAGCGUGUCUGCGGCCAGUUCACAGAGCUAGACUGCGGCCGCUCCUGCGAUUACAAAGUGGGCUCCCCGUCCUACCUGGAUAAGAUCGCGUGGCGGGAAGGCAAGCCGCAGCACUACUCUGAACCCAAGCUGAUACUGGACCUGUCUCACUGGAGGCAUAACAGCAUGGCUGCUCCAAGAGGCGGCAGCGUAGAGAAGCUUCUCACAGAGCCUGGAGAUCUGUUCCAGGAGAUCUCCCGCUGGGUUGAGAGCACGCAGUCCGGACUCCACUCGCCCGGUUCUCCUCAAGAACCUCUCGCCUCCCCGUGUUCCCCUCCUCAACCGCUGUCGCCUACAAUGCUGCCUCAUGCUCACAUGCAAAUCCCGUCCGCUUUGCAACUCUCUAGCCUACACGACAUCAGGAGGAGUCCUAACCCUUUCUUCUCCGCUCCUCCAUCUCUGCUGCCCUCUUCUCCUUCCUCUCCUCAUCACGGUUCAUCAGAUUAUCCGUCUUCCUCCAUUCGUUGUGAAAACGAUGAAGGGCCCUCACAGAUGGAGCCUUCCAGAGAAGAACAUUUUGACCUGGACAUGUUUAUCUCUCAGGCUCUGAGGCUUUGUAGUCAGAGCGAGGUACUGGUGGAAAACUCGGAUGCUCCUAAAUCGGGCAGCAUUAGUCAUGUUCGGAACGUCUCAGAUCACAGAGCCUCCAGAACACAAACUCCAACGCCUGAGAUGGUCAAGGCUCAUGGGUGUCAUAAAGAGCACUGGUAGAGGAGAUCUUUAACUUCUUUUUAUUUAAUGAUUUUGAAGAUUAGUGCAACUUAUUUAAAAUGGAAUGAAUGAAUGUAAAUACUGGGGCCCUUUUUUUUUGAGGAAUGUUGUUUGAUGCUAUAAUCCUGUAUUAUGGCAGAAAAAGUAUUUACAAAAGUAUUUACCUCUAGAAUGAGGAUAACUUGGAAAAUAACAUUCAAGUUCUCAAAUAGGAUUUGAUCAGAGCCUUCAGGGCACAUGGUGAUGGGAAAUCUUUUUUCUUUUCUUAUGAAACUUUUUGUUCUUUUGUUUUUUGCAGUGUGCUUUCAUAUUUGAUUUCCUGUAUUUCUCUGUGAACUAUUCCAAAUUCCAUUUUAAAUC